AUGAAGCGGGUGGCAUCCAUAGUAGCAGCAAAUCUUCAUAUGUUGGGAAAAUUAACAGAAGAUCAUUGUUGGGCUAUUUUCAAACAAAAAGCAUUUGUUGAUGGGAGGGUUCCAGAAGAAUUAGCGAGCAUGGGCAACAAGAUUGUUAAAAUGUAUCAAGGUCUACCGUUGGCUGCAAGUGUGUUGGGAGGCCUCCUACGCAGUAAGGAAAAACAUGAAUGGCAAGCAAUUCUUGAUGGCAACCCCCUUGUUGCACGUAAAGAUGAUGCUGGGGAAAAUAGCAUAAAGAAAAUCCUAACACUCAGCUAUGGUUAUCUACCAUCUCCACAACUUAAAAAAUGCUUUGCUUACUUUGCAAUGUUUCCAAAAGAUUUUGAGUUUGAAAAGGACCAACUUGUCCAACUCUGGAUGGCAGAAGGCUUUCUCCAUCCAUGUCAAGAGACCACUAUGAUGGAAGACGUUGGGCACAGGUUUUUUCAAAUCUUGUUGCAAAAUUCUUUGCUGCAAGAUGUUAAGUUAGAUGAGCACAACAGUAUAACACACUGUAAGAUGCACGAUCUUGUGCACGAUUUGGCUGGAGAUAUCUUAAAAUCUAAACUAUUUGAUCCGAAGAGCGACGAUGGAGAAAAACUUUCUCAAGUUCGUUAUUUUGGAUGGGAGUCACCAAGGGAUCAAAUAGAUAAGAUAAAUGAUCCAGAACGUUUGUGCACACUGUUUUGGAGAAGCAAUUAUAUAUCGGAAGAUAUGCUGUUGAGCUUUAAGUUCUUAAGAGUUUUAAAUUUGUCCAGUUCAGGAAUCAAGGAGUUGUCAGCCAAAAUCAGGAAGCUAAUAUACUUGAGAUAUCUUGAUCUCUCCAACACUAAGAUCACAGCCUUGCCUAACUCCAUUUGCGAGCUCUAUAAUUUGCAAACAAUUAGAGUCAACGACUGCCAUUCACUCGAGGAACUUCCACAUGAGAUGGGAAAUAUGAUAAGUUUGAGGCACAUUUAUUACAGUUUUCAGUGUGAUAAAAAACAUUUUCAGAUGCCACUUAAGAUGCGACAAUUGACUUGUCUUCAAACCCUACAGUUUUUCAAGGUAGGUUUAGAGAAAGGUCGUCAAAUAGAAGAAUUAGGUCAUUUGAAAAACCUAAGAGGUGAAUUGACGAUCAAUGGUCUCCAAUUGGUCUGUAAUAGAGAAGAAGCUCGAACAGCACAUUUACAAGAGAAAUCGAAUAUCUACAAGCUGGCAUAUGUGUGGUUCCAUGACGAACUAGAAGGAAGUGAGAUCAAUGAUGAAUAUGUCUUGGAUGGUCUUCAACCCCAUCCUAACUUGAAAACCUUAGCAAUAGUGGACUAUUUAGGGACUAAAUUUCCUUCAUGGUUCUGUGAAGAUUUGCUACCAAAUUUGGUCAUGUUGAAAUUAAGUGGUUGCAAAAGAUGCAAAGAAAUUCCAUCGCUUGGCCAACUGAAAUUGCUUCGGCAUCUUGAGCUGUUAAAGUUACAUAAGGUGGAAUGCAUCGGACCUACAUUUUAUGGUAUUGAUGGUAAGAAUAUUGGAUCAAGCCGCAAUAUCCAAGUGUUCCCGUCAUUGAAAGAACUAGUAUUGGAGGAUAUGUCUAGCCUUAUUGAGUGGAAGGGAGAUGAAAUUGGAGUAAGAAUGUUUCCUAGGCUUGAGAAGUUGACGAUUAAAGAGUGUCCACUGUUAAAAAGUACUCCAAAUCAAUUUGAAAUCCUCCGUGAAUUAGAAAUUGAAAGAGUUGACAGUGAAAUUCCAUUGUUGAACUUGUGCAGCAACUUGACAUCUCUCGUAGGGCUUAGUGUCGAUGAUGUGAAAGAGCUCACUUGUUUUCCAGAUGAGAUGCUACGCAACAAUGUUUCUCUUCAAAACCUAUCGGUCUCAGGCUGCAGAGAGUUUUGUGAAUUGCCACAAAGCUUGUACAAUCUCCAUUCUCUUAAGAGAUUAGAAAUACAGUACUGCCCCAAUUUCAGUUCUUUUCCUGUUCCCAGUGGAGAGAAUUAUUUGACUUCCCUCCAAAGUCUUACGUUAUGGAAUUGUGAUGGAUUGGACAGUUUACCAAGUUUUACCCGCAGGGGGCCUUCACCGUCUCACCGGGUUAAGGGCAUUGGAAAUUGGUCCUUUCUCAGAGAAGAUGGAUUUUGA